UCCUUUUUAAUUACACACCCACUUAUGGUGAGCAUUUAAAUCGUCCGAUGUAAUUACUCUCGUUGUAACUCUGCUCUCCCCCUUUUUGUAGCCACCAACCAGAACCGAGAUUUCCUCCUUUCACUUGAACACUGCUACGAAAAAAACAUGAGCGACCAGUUCUCCAUUACAGCUGCGGCCACGGCGGUAACCUCCAAGACUGCUGCAGAGCGCGUCCACUUUCACUACGGCGGGCGGCAGUCAAUCACAAACACGGAGCUCGCCCCUGGCCAUGUCCUUGUCUCCUUUCAAAUCUCGCCCAUCAACCCGCAAGACCUGAUGGUCAUUGCGGGUCUCUACCCCGUCAAGCCCGUCUUCAAGGACGAGAACGGCGAGGGAAUCCUUGGGUACGAUGGUGUCGCUAGGGUCGAGGCCAUGCCUGUCGUCGAGGGCGACGCCGCUUCGGCCUCGGCCCCUGGCCGCGAUGGCGACUUGCACCCUGGCGAUCUCGUCAUCCCUCGCCGCCAUGGCCUUGGGACUUGGCGGCGAACCGCUAUCGUCAAGGCCGAGGACCUCAUCCGCCUGCCCCCUGACACAGACCCGCUCGGCGCGUCGCUGCUGCGCAUGGUCUUCCUCCCCGCCUACCUCAUGGUCGAGGACACACGUCCGCUCAAGCCGGGCGACUGGAUCGUCCAGAACGCCGCGUCGGGGGCCAUCGCGCGUCUGGUCACGCAGUUCGCGCGACUCAAGGGCUGCCACGUCUGCAGCGUCGUCCGCGACCGCGACUCGGCAGGCCUGGAGGCCCUCAGGCCGGUCUUGCAGCGAGACGGCGCUAGCGUCGUCAUCACUGAGGGCGAGCUCCGCGAGUCAGGGGUCGACGCCCAUCCUCGCCUGGCGGAGGCCGCGGCCCAGGGGCGGGUCGCCCUCGCCCUCGACGGGGUCUUUGGGGAGCCCGGGGAGCGACUGGCCUCCCUCCUGUCGAAGGGGGCCACGUACGCCGACUACGGCUCCCUCGGCGGCGCGGACGGCGUGGUGCGACUGUCGCAGCGGCUGCUGUUCUGGAACGAGGUGUCUUUCGGGCACUUUCGCCUGUCAGAGAACCUGGCCAGGCGCACCCCCACGCAGCAGGAGUCCCUGCUCUGGUGGUUUGCCGAGCUGCUGGCCGGGGGGAAGCUUUCGGCACCCGACGUCACGAGGAUCAAAGUGCCGAAGGCUGCGGCUCUUACUGGUCAGGAGAGCUCGGACGCUUUUGAGAAGCAGGUUAUUUUAGCCUUGAGUGGGGAGUGGAAGGAAAAGGUUGGAGCCGGGAAGCAUGUCCUUGACUUUGGAGCUAUUUGAGCUUGAAUAAAAAACCCAUUCUCCUUGCAUAGGAAUAGGCUUUGUACUAGCUACAUUCAACGCCCUGUCUACUUCUGCU